AUGGCUGACCUUAUCCCCUUACAUCUCACUAAUGAUGUUAAUAAAUGUAAAAGGAAAAGGGCAGGUUCGUGUGUUGAAUACAAAACUAAAUCUCCGCCAUUUUUUAUCACAAAUAAUCGCAACGAUCACCCCGCAAAGAAGAAAAGUAGAAUCCCAAUAGUAGAAAUGAGCUCAAAGCGGCGUACCGUGAGUUAUUCCUGCUAUUGUGAACGCACCCUUUCCUCGAUGGCAAAGUAG